GCCACGGUCACACUGAACAUAUGUUCCGGGAGGAAUGGCUGCGAUUUCGCGUCGGUAAAAAUAGCAAAUACUCGUUGAUGUGCUGCGGGAAAGCCUCCUCCCCGGCCCCAAAGUGGCCCCAAAAACAGAGUGAGCAAAUGUGUGCGCGGCAAGAUAAGAACGAUAGUGAAGAUAGCGCUUAAAAUAAAAUACAAGCCUCCCCGCAAUUACGAUGUCGCGCAGCGGCAAUAACACAACACUGGACCUUCAGCCGCUCCUGGCUGACAACGAUGACAACAGGGAUCAGGAGGAGAAGAUCGGAGGAUCGGGCGGUGGAGCCCAGCUCAAUGGAUCCAACUCAAAGGAGCUGGGCCACCGGGAACGAGAGGACUCGGCGCUGUUCGUCAAGAAAAUCGGCAGCGCACUGUUCUACGGACUUUCGUCCUUUAUGAUCACGGUGGUGAACAAGACGGUGCUGACCUCCUACCACUUUCCCUCGUUCCUGUUCCUUAGCCUGGGCCAACUGACCGCCAGCAUUGUGGUUCUGGGCGUGGGAAAACGUCUAAAACUUGUGUCCUUUCCGCCCCUGCAGAGGAACACAUUCGCCAAGAUAUUUCCACUCCCACUGAUCUUCCUGGGAAACAUGAUGUUCGGGCUGGGCGGCACCAAAACACUGAGUUUGCCCAUGUUUGCGGCCCUACGGCGCUUCUCCAUCCUGAUGACCAUGCUGCUGGAGCUCAAGAUCCUGGGUCUAAGGCCUUCGACGGCGGUCCAAGUCAGCGUAUAUGCCAUGAUUGGAGGAGCCCUGCUAGCCGCCUCCGAUGACUUGUCCUUCAACAUGAGGGGCUACAUCUAUGUGAUGAUCACGAACGCCUUGACCGCCUCGAACGGUGUGUAUGUGAAGAAGAAACUGGACACCUCGGAGAUUGGAAAGUACGGCCUGAUGUACUACAACUCGCUGUUUAUGUUUCUGCCCGCCUUGGCUCUUAAUUAUGCCACAGGAGAUCUGGACCAGGCUCUGAACUAUGGGCAAUGGAACGACUCGGUGUUCGUACUCCAAUUUCUGCUCAGCUGCGUCAUGGGCUUCAUCCUGUCGUACAGCACCAUCCUGUGCACGCAGUUCAACUCGGCGCUGACCACCACCAUCGUGGGCUGUCUGAAGAACAUCUGCGUGACCUAUCUGGGCAUGUUCAUUGGCGGCGACUACGUCUUCUCGUGGCUCAACUGUAUCGGGAUCAACAUCAGCGUGCUGGCGAGUCUGCUGUACACGUACGUCACUUUUCGGCGGAAGCGGGCGCCCGAUAAGCAGGCCCAUUUGCCCAGCACCCGCGGCGAGAAUGUCUAGCUUCGUCUUAGCUCAAACUCAAGCCAAAGCCAUACGAUAUGUUUAGCGUAUUCCGUACUACGUACUUCGUUCUGCGUUCUGCGACUUCGUAUUCGAUUUUCCUAUAGCCACACAGCGCAUCGUCUCUGUACAUAUAUCUAGCUAUGUAUCUCAAUAAGUGCAAUUUAGCAAUUUUGUAAUUUUAAUCACUUUGUACAUUUGUCCGCAUGCAACUGUUUCCUGCAUCGAAAGUGUCAUAAGUAAUAGAAAUACACAGACAUCAAACUCCUCCUCUGCAAUGGGUGGGCCAGAUAA